AUGGAUAGCAAUAUGUGCAGUUGUCACACAAACAUGAACUACAGGAUUUUACAUGGCUAUGCCAAUAAUGAAAAUCUGAACAAUGUAAUUAAUUAUGAUAAUAACAAAGGGGCAUCAUAUAAUUUGAACACGGGUUCAAAUUUUUAUGUGCCUGCAUCGGGAAUAAGCUCUAGCAACAGUAGUGGGAAUUUGAAUAGUGGAAAUAACUAUGCAACAUAUGGGGAACUUUUAAAUUCUUAUACUUCUCUUGAACAAACAUUAAAUAAAUGUGUACCUAAUUUUCACAUAAACUCAUUAAGCAAUAACAUGAUUUGUCAUAAAUGUAACACAGAUCAAGGAAAUAAUUUAAAUUUUUCACAACAUGGAUUUUUUGAAGGCUUUACAUCAAAUGGUUUGAUGAAAACUUAUAACAAGAACAAUCGUUCGUGUAUUCACUGUUCCUGUUUGGGGCCAGGUGCAGACAAUAAUGGGAGUGCUCUCGGUCUGGAUAUUUCAAACAAGAUCUCUGGGCCAUUAACUGGAUAUGGAGUUUACUCAGCAAUGGGAGGCACCCACCCCAGCGCGAGUGCGAGUAGUGCCUUGUUGAACCAAGGUUUAGUAAACCACCCUGAAAAAAAUGGAAAUAUAAGUUUUAACGCAAGUGAAAAUUUGAAUUCUGAAACGAGCAGCACUUUGAGGAAUGGAAUAUCGAACAGCCUCAAUUGCGACCUAAGUGAAAGUGCCAGUAACCACAUUAGCGGGUACUUCUGCAGGAAUGCGACGAGCCAGAUUGGCAAUCCAAUAGGCCAGGUUAGUAAUCCUCUUGGCCAGAUUAACAAUCCGAUAGGUCAGGUUAAUAACCCCAUAGGCCAGAUUGGAAACCCGAUAGGCCAGAUUGGCAACCAGAUAGGGCACCAUUUUAACAAUCCAAUAUCAACUCAUACGCUCGACACGAAUGAAAAGAAUAGGAGCACUAAUUCUCUACAAGUUGUAAGAGAAAAUUUAAAUAAAAAUGGGGAAGUUACUACAUACACAAGGAAUGGAGUUUACAAUUCUUUUGAUUUUUUAAAUCCAAAUAAUCUGAACAGCACACACAUUAAAACUCCUUUUAAUUAUUCCACUUUAAAUGGGUUCAUGCUAAAUAAUAUGAAGACAAGUAAUGGAAAAAAUGCAGAGAUGAAUAUGAAAACAGCUAGUGUUGCAAAGAACUCAACAAGUGGGUCCUUUAAUUCGGAUGAAAAUUCUCUUCAGCCAUUAGAUAUUGGAUUCACAAGAGAUGGGGAAUGCACAAACACAAUCCCUCUCAAUUCAGGUAGAAUAAGCAAUGGCAUUCCAAGUAUUAGUAUGAGUUCGCCGAACCCAAAUAUAGCAACACGGACAUCAUAUAUGAGGACACCUAUCACAUACGUGACAACACCUGUUACAUGUAUGAACAAUCGCAAUGCAGAAAUAAAUAGUGCAUCUAGAGGGAAAUUAAAUAUGAAUGCUUUAGGAACAACAUAUCCAGAAACUGAACGAACAAUGAGAGAAAUAGAAAAGAAGGAUGUUAUGUACAAAAAAGGUGUGAAUAUCCCUCGGAGUUUGACAAGCGAUGAGGGUGUUUACAAUUUUCUAAGGCUGAACAACCAACAAGUACCAACAAUUUUUCCUUGUGCUAUGAGCAUGGAAAGUAUGGGGUCUUCCCUACGGACCUCUAACAUCCAUCCAAUUGGAGGGAGAAUCAGCCACACGGGUAGAAUCGGCCACAUGGGUAGAAUCAGCCACAUGGGCGGAAUCAACCACACGGGAAGAAUCUGUCACAGAGAUGGAAGCGGGAACACGCGUGAGAGUGGAAAUGCAAAGGGGUCUCUAAGUAACCAAAGUGUGGAGAGCACGAAACAGAAAAUAUAUAAUACGUCUAAAAUGGAACGUAUUAUUCCCCAAAGUAUGAACCUUGAGAGGGAUGUAUACAACAUACAUUCUCUCGAUAGUGAUCUUAUGUAUGGAUCUAAUCAGAAAUCAUGCACAUCGAGAAGCAGAGAAAUAAAGAGAAGAUGCAACCCAGAAGAAAAAAAUAUAACAAGUUGGAUGAAUCGACCUAUUGAUAGGAAAAAGAAUUUGAAUGAAUGCAAAAUAUUGAAUAAACGUAGUUAUGAUUUUUAUUAUAUGAACACUAAUGAGUCAUAUGAAGAGAAUAAUAAUUUCCACAAUAUAAAUUAUGCAGAAAAAGUAAAAAAAACAAACACUCAUCUGAAUUCCAAAAAUAGAAAUACAAAUAGAGAUAAUUCAAUCUCCUCGCGUGAGAGUAAUCAAUCGUCAACUCGUAGCCAUCAGAUGAAAAAGAGCCAUAAAAAGUGUAAUGAAAACAGAAAGAGGAAAAGAAGGAAAAACAUCAACUCGAGUGGAUACUUCAAUAUCCAAAAUGAUAUUUCAGAUCCCCACUGUUCAUUUAAUACAGGAGUGUGUGCUCCGUCCAUGUCUUUGUCUGCUUCAUUCUCCUCCACGUCGUGCGACAAAUCGUCUCGUGCAUCUUCCAAUUUGUCCGACUCGUCUGAUUCGUCCGAUUUGUCCAAUUCGCCCAAUUCGCCCAAUUCGUCAAAUUCUUCCUUCUUUACAAAUACUUUGAACGAAAAAGUAAACAAGAGAGAGAAGGAAAAACAAAGAAAAGGAAGGAACCAAAAAAAAAAAAAAAAGAGAAAAAAAAAAAAAAAAAAAAAAAAAAAAAAAAAGAGGACAAUGAUGUUGACAGUUCCUCACGUUCAAGGAAAAAGGAGAAGACCAACAGUAAUUGAGUUUUUGAAUUCCAAAUGGAACAGAAGCUCAUACAAUAAGGUUGGAAGUGGAGGACAAAUCGAAGGACAAUGUGAAGACGAGCGUGAAAGUUGCAGCUUGAGCAAUUCUGGUGAUUUCUCAAAAAAAGAAAAAAAAAUAGGGUCCCAUCAUGAGAAAAAAAAAAGAGGAAACCAUAAUUUGGAAGAUCCAUGGAAAGGAAUGGACGAUAUCAACAGAAAAAAAAAUUCUUUAUCUUCAAAUAGUGAUCAUAACGCAGGUGGAAGUACGUGGAGUGAAGGGGAUUCGAAUUAUGGAAAUGAGUGUAUGCCGUGGUCAGAGGAGAGAAAAAUGGUUCAGGAGAAUACACUAGACAACAGGGUGGGUGGUAGUGGUGGUAAUCCAAAGGAAAAUCUUUUAUCGAUAGAGUUAAACAUGAAGACGAGAAAGAAGCGCACGAGAAAAUGCAAUGAUGAACAGGAUUCCAUUUGCACGAAGAUGAAGCGCUUGAAUGAAACACCCAUUAAGAUAAAAGAUGAUGGUAGAUCUGGUGAACGUAAGUCUGACGAUGGGGCAAAAGAUAGUGAUAGAGAUAGUGAUAAAGUUAGUGAUAGAGAUAGUGAUAAAGUUAGUGAUAGAGAUAGUGAUAGAGAUAUUGAUAGAGAUAGUGAUGGAGGUAUUGAAAAGAAUCGUGGCCCCGUAAAUGAACGUCCAACGGAGGGCGCAGAGAUGGUGCAAUCGAGUGAGGAAAACAAUUCAGAAAAGGAAUUCACUAGUGAGGGUGAGGAGUUGUAUGCAAAUUUGAGUUCCAGCAAUGAUAGUGACAAAACAGGAGAUAGCAAUUCGGCAGAUUUGGAUACGAGUCAAGCGAAUAUUCAAGUCGGAGAGGAAGAAAUGGAAAGCGAGAGCGAGUGUGAAGAAAUGAAAGAAAAAAUGUGGCAUGAGGAAAGUACGUUACGAGAAAAGGAUACAAAGAUGGUGAUGAAGAAUAAAAAAAAAAAAAAAAAAAAACAAGUGAAAGAAUUGGAAGAAGGGAAGAAAAUAAAGCCUGAGUUGAGCAUGUCAGGAGAGAGGGAAGAAGAUAAUUCCAAGGAAAUAUUAAGAGAGGAUCAAAGUGUGGAAAGUUCGUCCUCUGGAAAAUCUACUACAAGCGACACGGAAGGAAGCACGAUCGAAUCUUAUAAGAGUGAAAGUGAUAUCAGUUGUGAAUCCUCAGGGGAGAGUUCCGAAGACCUGUUAGAUUACUCAUCUGAUGAGAUCACACGGACAGAAAGCUCCAGCAAUGGAAGUGGUAACCAUGAUUUGCACGCCGACGAGAUUGGCAGUGUUAGAAGUAGUAGAAGUGGUAGAAGUGGUAGAAGUAGUAGAAGUGGUAGAAGUGGUAGAAGUAGUAGAAGUGGUAGAAGUGGUAGAAGUAGUAGAAAUGGUAAACGUGAUAGAAGUAGUAGAAGUAUCAGUAGCACUGACGUGCGUUCGCCUCCUAAUGGGCAUCCAGAGAGCGCAAAAGAAAGGAAGCACAAGAAUGAGGAAAUGAGCUCUUGGAACGUUCAACUGGAGGAAGAAUUCAGCACAUGUGCAUUUAUCCCUGCCCCAAUUUGCAGCACCGAGGGAAGAAGCGUGAAUUUGUUCAGCGAAAGAGAAUCAAAGAGGAGAGAAGCAUAUGCAAAGAAGAGAGAAGCAGAAGCGAAGAAAAGAGAAGCAGAAGCGAAGAAGAGAGAAGCAGAAGCAAAGAAGAGAGAAGCAGAAGCAAAGAAGAGAGAAGCAGAAGCGAACCGUAUAUACAGAGAAAUCCUGCGGAAAGACGGAAUAAAGUGCUACCAAACGGAGAGAGAAUUAAAGAGAAAAGAAAAAAAUAAUAAUGAGGAAAAGCAUGGAAGAGGAAGUGAAGACAAUAACACAUGUAUAAUAAAACAGAAUAAGAGAGCAUACACAAGUUUGAGAAAUGUAGAUUAUGUAAAUAAUAAUGAAAUUUUAAGAAUGAUAAAAAAAGAUAUUAUAAAAAAGAAUAAAAUAAAAAUAUAUGAAUAUAUAAUUUUACUGUCCUAUUUAUUUUAUAAAAAAUCUAGAUAUUUAGAUUUUAAUAAAAUAUAUUUAUAUAAUACUAUGAAAAAAUUAUGUCCAUUUUUAUUAAAAAUAAACAAAAAAUGUAAUGAUGUAGAAGUACGGAAUGUAUUUUAUUACUUAAGUAAAAUAUUUAUUUUGGAUGAUUAUUUUAUUUUUAGGAUAAAUAUAUUUGCAUUUAAUUGGUUUAUAUUAUAUGUAUAUAAAAUGAAAUUAAAAAAUGUCUUAUUUAUAGAGGAUAUAAAUUUAUUAACAAAUUUUUUGUGUGGAUUUUUAACAAAUAAAAAAUUUAAAAAUUAUUCUAUUUUAUUUCUUAUAAAUGUAGUUUUGCAGAAAGCCACUGGAAAGUCUUUAUACGCAGGUCUCAAUUACAGUUACAUAUGUUCUCUCUACAUUUCCUUGUUCUCAAAAGCAAUUUGUAUGUCAGUGAUGCAUAGGGAAUUUCUUAGAACUUACCCCAGGCAUGGUGAUAAUAAUACUGUUCGUGUCAUGAAACAUAUCCCAGAGGAAUCCGUGAAGUCUUGGGUGAGAGAAUGUACUGAAACUCUAGAUGGGAGUGAGAUGUGUAAAGAUGGGAAGAAUGAAAAUAACAACCAGCGUGGUGAAGACAAUGAUCUAGACAAUGGUGAAAGCAAUGAAGGAUGGAGACAACCCUGUCGGAGUUUUCUAAAAAUGAAAGGGUUCAUCACACCUUUGAAUACAAACGGAACCAGAUGCAUGAACAGGAUAAAUAAAACGAACAUGUACUCUUUCAGCAGAAGAAUAAUUCAGAAUAAUGAACAAUGGGGAGAUGGAAAAAAUUGGAAAAAGCAGAGGAGCAAAUCAGAGAAAAUUUCCACCAGACAAGACCUUAUCAUUUUAUAUAUACUUUACAUAUGUCGAAACAAUUGUUCCAUUUAUGUGAACAUUUUAAAACACAUUUUGGAUGACAUUUUAAAAUUUAAAUUAACGUAUAAUUUUCACAAAAUAAAAAUUAAAAGUAGAUUUUUCUACAAAAAAAUUGUUCGUUGCUUAAAAAAUGUCAAAAAGAUUAUGGUCAAGUUGGGGAAAAAAAGGUAUCGAAGGAGGAACAAAGAGAGAGCAAGUCAGGAAAUAGAUAAACAAGAGAGUGAGCAUGAGAAAAAGAGAGGAAGGAAGAAAAAGAUAAAACCUGAGAAAGACGUUAAGAAAUGGAACAACCUGAGUGCAAAGGAAAAAUGUCCCAAGGAGGAUUACACAUCCUUUGAUGAUCAUGCAAAUACAAAUUACUCAUUCGUUUAUCUGCUCGUUGGGUUGUUUUUAGAAUAUACAUCUUUCUCUUUUAAUGGGUUCAUUAUGCGUUUUUUUGAAAAUGAAAAGCUAGCCAAUCUGUAUAAAUUGUUAAUUCUGCACGUAAGGGACUACACAGAAAUCAUUUUCAAGUAUAUGAAGUUCAUCACCAUGGACAUGACUAAGGUGUAUGGAAAUAUUUGGAUACGAAACAUAUUCACCACAGUUAAUUUAAAAAAGGUUGAUGAAUUCAAUGACAUUGCGGGGACGCUACUUCACGCAGAUGGGUUCAGACACUCUGCAUCUGCCAAGAGGGGAUCAGAGAGGACCUCUAACACUGCCAUUGCCACUGCCAUUGCCACUGCAACUGCCACUACCACCGCCACUUCCACUGCUGCAAUAACUCAGGAGAAGCAAACUUCCCAAGCUGAAGUAACAUUAGGAAGAACAGAUCCCACGGAACAUGAGGAAGAAGCGCAUCUAGUGACCCAACAAAAGGAGGAAAAAUUUGAUUUAAAAUUCCAAAGAAAUAAUGAAAAGUUAAUAAAUUGCAUAAAGGAGGAGAACAUAAUGAAAUCCAUAAGUCAUACCAUUCAGAUGGAAAAUUUGAGUGAAAACCGGCAAGAAGAACUGUGUUAUUAUUCUCUUAACAAAGCUAAUUUUGGGGAGGGAAAUGAAAAAAGAGCAGAAUUUGAAAUGACCAAAAUGGAACAUUUCCGCCUGAACAGCAAGGUAAAAGGGAGGAAACAAGAAUGGGGGAAUAAAUUUCAAUCUAUUAUUUUCAAACAUGAAAUGGACAAGGGCAAUAAUGCAAAGUGUGUCGAUAAAUCUGUAACGGGAAAUGUAAAAGUGAAAAAUGUAAAAGUGAACAAUGUCUGGUUUAACAAAUCAGAUAAGAGGCAUCUCUCCAUGAGUUUAAAAAAAAAAAGAAAAAAAAAUGAAUAUUAUGGAAAUGAUGAUUUCAUCGAAGCAACACUUUACAUGUUAUGCAGAUGUGUAAAAAUAUUUAAAGGAAGUACUACUCUUAGAACCUUGUUUGAUAUAUUGUUUCUUUUUUUUAUACAAAGAAUGGAGAGAGAAAGAUUGCAACAAUUUUUAGGGCAGAUGUAUAACAAAGAUAUGGAGUUAAGCAGAUUGAUAACAAAUAUUCUUUUAAGAACUGAUAUGAGAGAAAAUUGUUUACAAAAUGUGAGUUUUAUUAAUUAUUUUUUAACAAGUAAGGAAUCAUUAGAACCCAAGCAUAUUGGUUUUAAUAAGGUAGAAAUAGACUUAGCUGAUAUAUGUUCAUUUUACCUGAACAAGCGUAUCAGAUGUAGAGUAAAAAGAAAGAUCCCCAAUAGAAGAAUAGAUACGAACAAGAAGAGAAAAAAUGAAAAGAACUACUUCAACUCACAGUUGUGUUUGAAACCAUGCUCAUGCAUGUUCCUUACUUAUGUUCUUUUCUUUUCACGUAUAUUUAAAAACUUCAAAAUGUAUUUCAUGCAUUUCACACGAUUUUCAUAUUCCCUUCAAAAAAAAGCAGUAACAAUGAAAGAUAACACUAAAAUGGAUUUUAAAUGUGGAAAGAUACAGGCAUGCAUAGAAGGGAAGGAAGCCUUACAAAUUGAAAAGGGCUACUUGGAUAACCAUACUGGGUUUAGAAAUUAUUAUUCCCGAUUACAGGAUUCAGAACAGAAUCAGGAGAAUCAGGAGAACCAGGAGGAAUGGGAUCAAGAAUCGGUAGAAGCACAUUACAACCACAUCUACUGUAAAAACUGUGAUAGAGAUGCCUUUUCGGAUGAAUGUACACUUGGAGGAGAAAAAACUUCCAAUUUAUGGGCGACCAAGAUGAAGCAAAUUCCCAUGCAUGUUGAAGAUGGGACAGCAGUUAUAACAAACUCGUCAGCUGUGGGAAGUGCAGCGGUGGCAAACCCAGAUGCGACUGAAAUUUUAGUGGACGCAAAUGUGUCACAGAACACAAUAGGAGAAGAAAAAAAAUGUAAAAGAAGUGACGAACUGGAACUGAUAUGGAAAGAGCACAAGGAGAAAAUGCAACACGAUUGGAAAAAUACAAAAUGGAAGUGGAGGAUUGAAGAAGUGUUGAGAAAAUAUCAUCUAAUUAUUAGUGACGAAAUUAAGAGUUCAUAUUUUGUUAAAGGGUUGAAGAAAUGUUCAAGGUUUUGUAAAAAGAGGAAACAGAAGAAAGUUACACAAAUAUUUACAAAAUUAGAAAAUGUAAAAAUAAGUGAAAACAAUUCGAUUGGAAAUGUACAUUUGUUUAGUGAACAUACUGCUUAUCACAUUUUGAGUAUUCUGUAUGAACAGCAAGGGGUUCAUAACGUUCAGCUUAACAAUGUGUUCGUAAGAAUAAACGGGAAUAUAUUUGAUGGGAGAGAGAUGCUUGGUGCGAGAGAAAUGCAUGACGGGAGAGAGAUGCUUGGUGAGAGAGAAAUGCCUGACAAAGGAGAAAUAUUUUGCGAGAGAGAAAUGCAUGGCAAAGGAGAAAUACCUGACGGAAAAGUGAAAAGCAAGAGGAAUGGGGGAAAAAUUCUGCGACAUAGUUCAGAAAAAGGACGCAUAUGUGAAAGGAUUGGAAAAAUUAUGAACAAUAUUUUGAAGUGGAACAAGCUAAAUAUUGCAUAUAACAAAAGAAAAAAAGAAGAAAAGAAAAAGGCAAAUCUAAAAAGGAGAAGAAAUAAAUACACAAAUAUUAUAGUCGAUAUGUAUCCCCUAAUAUUCUUAUCUCUGACGAAACUUUUGAAUGCUUCUAUAAUUAUUAAUGACGACGUGAAGGAUAAAUGUUUCGAUGUGAAAAAUGAAAUAUUCCCUAUUAAAUUGAACCUAUCUGUAGAAUUGAAUAAAUAUGAGGAAUCUUUAAAAAUUCAUCAGACUGAAAUUAAGAACGAUGAAAGAACCAAGUGGCAGUACCCAUUGAUUAAGAAGUGUCUUUGCACCGGAUGCAUGUUUCGUGUUCGCCUCGGACGGGGUGCCUCAAGCUGGCUAAAAUAUAAAGGAGCAAACGGAGAAGCCAAGCCAGAAUCAACCAGAGCGAUGAAAACCGAAGCCGCUUCCCCAAGUAGACAUUUACUUAGAAACAUUGCCGAGGAAGGGAGACCAAGAACAACUGUGCAACUCCUUAUGGGAAGAAGGAAUAAGAUCCUGAACUUAAUCGUUAAAUUGUUGUAUAGAGAAAUAAAAACAGACUUUUAUAUGCUGAACGAAUAUUAUGACGAGAAGGUUCAUAUUUACAGGACUCUGCUCAUUUUGCUAAUGUUAAAGUAUUUGUCAUCUGGACAUGAUUUAUCUGCUUUUGGAAAAAAAUUCAUUCUUUUUUUCAUUCAAAGAUUGUUUCGUCUUUUGUGCUUCCGAUUGAUGUGUCUCUUUUUAUCAGCCCCUCACGUGAACAAAUUGACGAGUGAAAUAAUUAUAAUCGAUGAUGAUUAUCUCGUGAAUAGUUACCUGACGCAAUCCAAAUCGAAACGAACCCAUCGAAAGUCUAUUCAGAAUCGGCUUUUCCAGAAGAAAUCUUACAACUUGUAUAAGAGAUAUUCAGAAAAUUUUCUUUUCAAUAUUCGAUUUUUUCAAAACGAAGGAGAGGCUGUGUCAAGUGCUAAAAAAAAUGGAACCCCGAUGAGGGAAGCUGAGAAGUGGGCUAGAAGUGAGGAUCAAACUGGAUCUUCCAGUUGUAACUGGGAAGAUAAGAGGCGAGGCAAGGAUUGUAACAAGCCAUGUUGUAAGAGGAGUGUCAAAUCGAGUGCCACUUCGCCUGAGAAGCUGAAAAAGAGAACCAUUUACAAACCAUUCGUGCCGUUCGGAAGUUUAGUAAUGACAAAGAAAGAAAUACUGAAAUUGAAACUUCAGGGAGAGGAAGAAAUAAAAAAAGACAACAUAUACAUUAACAAGUGCAUACUAAAGUCGAAGGCAAAGAGCAGAAGUAAGAACGCAGAAAUGUAUAAUGAAAGGCAAAUCGAUGAGAAGGAGAAAAUUCAACUUUCCGUAGUGUCUAUAAUAUUACUUAUGAACGUGUUCAGAAGAAAUAGUAACUAUUCAUAUAGCAUAAAUUUUUAUAUAAAUCUAUUAAUAGAAAAAUUUUUAGAAAAGAAAAAAUAUAUACAUGUUGAUGAUCAUUAUUUUAUAAAUAAUUACUUAGUCAAGGUCGUAAACCCAUUACAUAUGAAUCACAAAAAAGAAUUUUGGAUAAAUGAAAAUAAUUGUGCGAAAAGAAAAAUGCAGUUAAUAAAUAGUGGAUAUAAAUUUUACGCAUCAUCCUAUAAAUUUCCAAUAUUUGAAUUCAUCUUCUAUGAAUCUCUGAAAGUAUAUCUAUGUUUUAUUCACAAAAAUUCUUUAGGAACUUUUAUAUCAAAAAUUUCUAGAUUCAAUAAUAUGUAUUGUUGUAUUAAUAAAAAUUUACAUUUUAAAAUGAAAAUGAAUAACCUUCUGUGCUCCAAACUUAACAAUUUGUUGAUAGAGGAACUUUUGAACAUGCGCUUGAACAAGAUGCUUUCCAAUUGUAAUUCAAUUUUAUCAGCGUGUAUGUUUUUUUUUAUAUCAAUGUUGGAUGAGGAAGAGAAUGCUCACUUGGCCAUGUCUAUCGGGCGGGAUCAUGCUUUAGUGGGAGAAGUGGGAGAAUUGGGAGAAGUGAGAGAAUUGGGAGAAGUGGGAGAAGUGAGAGAAUUGGGAGAAGUACAGGAACUGUAUCUUGAAAAGCAAUGGAAUAGGAGUGCCAAUAAAAAUGUACCAUGGAUGAAUAGCCGCAAUUGGGAAGAAGGAGCUGUAGAAAAUUCACACAAGUGGAAGUUUGGAGAGAAUGAGAAUUAUGCAUUUCUAGCUAAGGAAGAAAUGAAUAUGGAAAAAUGUAGAAGUGAUAAUGAACCGAAUCAGAUGUUAAACAAAACUGUAAGCAGCAUACAUAACUGUAACAAUAUGGGAGAGACUUAUAAUAGAAAUGAUAAGGAAAAUAAAACAAGUAAUGUAGUAUAUUCACAUGAGCAGAGGUAUUACAUGAAUGAUAAAAGACCAAAUAGAUUAGUGGUGGGCAAUUGUAGGAACUACUAUAUAAAAGAGGACUCAACAGAAUUAAUAAAUAUGCACAAAUCGAUAAGAACAAACGAGAACAAAAACAUUAUGAUGUAUUCUAAGAAUGAUAAGGAAAGAAAUGAACAGCUUUUUAAUGUUCCCACUAAUGAGAAUAUUGUGAACCCCUCAUCAUCACAUACAACAGUCAAACGUAUUACAAAAUACAGGAUUGAAUAUUAUCAUAAAGAAAAAGGAAAAAACAACUCAGUUAAAAGUUCAUAUAUAUAUAUGAAACCAAAAGAUGUACAUAAAUUAUUUAAUUCUUUCGAAAUGAUAAAUAAAACAAUAUUGGAAUGUACAAAUUUUAUAUAUAAACUUUAUUUUUCAAAUAAUAAAGAUUCAUUAGCAAGUGAUGAAAAGGAAAAAAGAAAUAGGAAUGUUUAUACAUGGUUCCAGAAUUGCUUAAAUGUGUUCCACUUUGAAACGUGGGUAGUGCAUCAGUUUUACAACAAAUUCGAUAACGCUUCUUGCAUAUACAUGUUAAAAAAAAAAAAAAAAAAAAAAGAGCUAACCACUGAUGUGAUUCACAUGGAUUCAUGUAUAUUACGCGAUAUUGCAAAGAUGAAGAAACAUUUGGAGAACCGUUUCAAUGAUGUGAAGAAAGUUUAUAAUAUGGAUAUUUUAAUGGCAAAUGAGAAGAAGGAACCUUCAAUGAUAAAAGAACAUACAUCUAAGUUAGAUGCACAGAAAGAAACAAAGCAACCUGGUCAAAUUGAAGCAGAAACAGUCUUGCACAGUAAUGUGAACAAUACUAAUGCGGAAGAUAAAUAUGACGAACUGAUUGAGGACUAUGAUGAGUUAAAUUCUUUUCUCGAUUUUUCUCAAGACAAAUCGUCUGGUAUAUUAUUACAUGGGACAAAUGCUAGGGCUGUAAAAAGUUCAGCACAAGAUGGCAUUCAGAACCUGAACGAAUACAAAGUAGAUGACGGGUGGCUUACCUACAUUCGAUCCUUGAUUUGA